UCCCAAGCACUUCGCUCACUGUCAGUCGUUCUCUAAAUCUCCAAACCCUCAUUCGCUCCUUUACAGCAACUACAAAACACUCACUAUCUUUCUUUAUCCUAUUCCUCCAAUCAACAAUACAUCACAAUGAAGUUCACUGGAAUUGCUGCUCUUGCCCUCGCUGGCAGUGUCUCUGCUGCCGCUAUCCCGGUUGUGGAUACUACCGUCCAGUCUACUCUUAGCCAGCUGACCGGCGUUCUCGGAAAAGUCGACAAUGUUGUCGGUGGCCUUGUUGGCUGCGCUACCACCGACCUCACUGAUCUGAAAGACGAACUUUCCACCAUCGAAGGCAAGCUGACCCAGCUGCUCCCUUCCAACAAGCGUGACCUUACCGGCACUGUCGGUGGCGUUGCUACGCCUGUGGUCGGAAUCGCUGGUGAUGCCGCUGGCACCGUUAAGGGUGUUGCUAGCGGUGCUGUUAACACUGUUGGAAACGUUGUUGGUGGAGCUGUCAACACUGUCGAAGGUGUUGCUUCUCCUGUUGUCAAGACAGUUGGUGGUGCUGUCGACUCUGUCGCCUCCCCUGUUGUCAACGCGGCUGGCGGAGCCGUCGGCACUGUCAAGGGAGCAGCCAGCGGUGUUGUCUCUGGUGCUGUCAACCUGAAGCGCGACAUCACUGACCUUUCUGGUCUUUCUGAGACCCUUGUCGCCAAGAUCCAGAGCGGUGACCUGACCGCUGGCGCUCUUGAGAAGGUCCUGGACCUCCUCAGCCAGAAUGGAGGUCUUGCCAACCUUCAGUCCGUCCUUUCCCUUGUGUAAAAGGAUGACCCGUUCAAACAAUUUCUGCCUCCUCCCACGACAUACACUCCUAUAUCCAGUGAUGUGUCAUGGAAACCUUCGACCAGGGAAACCUUAACGAAGUCAUGACUUUGUGGGAGAGCGGUUCUGUUGUACAUUCGAGCGUAUCUUCUCUGUU